AUGCUUCUCGUCACGCCCAUCCUAUGCGCCGCCGAAGAGCUCCACAAAGAAACGCGCUGCCCCGGCGUCGCGUUGCAUGGCAGUAAGACGCAGCGCGCCAUCGCGGCGGCGGCGCCUGAGUGCGAGGGCGUGCUGUCGGGCUGCCGCCCUACCUGCUCGGCCUUUGUGCGCCGCCUGCCCUGGCAGUGGCGCGCCGCCGCCGACCCCGGGGUGCGCUUCCUGCGCCCCCACGAGGCGCCCCUGCACGACCCCCGCGGCGCGGCGGCCGCGGCGGCGCCCGUGCUGCGCGCCGCCGCGUGCCCCGACGCGGCCGCCCGCACGCCGGGCCUCGAGUACCAGUGGGCGGCGGGCGGCGGCGGCAGCGCGACGCCGAUUGCUGAAAUCCACAAGCGGCGGCGGCUGCAGGAAUGCCUGGAGGAGCACGCGGCGGCGGCCCUCCCCGAAGCCAUCCUGCCGCCGCUCGCGCGCGUCGGCGGCGGCGGCCCCGCGCUGCCGCUGUUUGACCUGCGGCUCGCGUGGCGGCAGCUGGUGCUGGCUUUGGAGGAGGACUUUGAGAUUGCCCCGGGUCCUUUCAGAAUGCACGCGGUGAGGGGCGGUCUGGGUGGGGAGGAGGAGGAGGAGGAGCAGUGGGGGCAAGGGAGCGCUUCUCAACCACACCGGCGCAACCGUCGGGCCGCCGCGCGCACAGGCCGAGGCGCGCGGCCCGGCUAG